UAAGAAGAGUCAACAAAUAAAAGAUUAAUAUGGAUAGUCUUCAUCAAACUUUCUCCAACUCCUAUUGUUCCACCUUUCACCAUUCCUUAAUCUCUACUUUAUCUCCCAAACCCAAAUCUGAAAACCCCUCUUCACCAACUUAAAACCCUAUUAACUAAUUUCCAACAAAUCAGAUGAUUCAAAUCAAACAAGAAGAGGCCACAAGAUUUAUCCCGGAGAAUCAAGAACGAUGAUAACACAUAAACAGAGAAGAACAGAGAAAGGUUUCUGUUUCAAACACUACUACAAAUGGAUCCUCUGUUUUUCACUCACUCUCUAUUUUCUUGUUUCCUUCUUUGUCGAUCAUGACCAAGAAGAAGACCAUCCUUUGUCUUCUUCUUCUUCAUCCCGAUCAAACCCUCUCUUAACUAACCCUAAACCCAAGCUUCUUGCUUCUCAUGCCGUCUUUGAAUCCAAAAUCCAUGAUAGCACACUUGAGUUUUCCCCUCGACGUCUCAACAUCAAAACAGAUGUAUUCAACAAUUUGAAGAUAUACGUCUAUGACUUGCCUUCCAAGUUCAACGCAGAUUGGUUAGCCAACGAAAGAUGCAGCAACCACCUCUUCGCCGCGGAGGUGGCUCUUCACAAGGCGUUGCUCAGCAUCGAAGGUGAUGUACGGACGAAAAAUCCGUACGAAGCCGAUUUCUUCUUUGUCCCUGUCUAUGUUUCUUGCAAUUUCAGCACCAUCAAUGGCUUUCCUGCGAUUGGUCACGCAAGAUCACUCAUAAAGGAAGCCAUCGGGCUUGUCUCGGCUCAAUACCCGUUUUGGAAUCGAACCAGUGGCUCUGACCACGUCUUCAUCGCCACACAUGACUUUGGUUCUUGCUUCCACACCAUGGAGGAUAGAGCAAUUGCUGAUGGAGUACCAGAGAUUUUGAGAAAUUCAAUAGUUUUGCAAACUUUUGGUGUUACAUUUAAGCAUCCGUGCCAAGAAGUAGAGAACGUUGUGAUACCACCGUACAUCUCGCCGGAAAGUUUGCACAAGACUCAAAAGAAUAUUCCGGUUGCUAAAACUAAAGAACGAGACAUUUGGGUUUUUUUCCGGGGAAAAAUGGAAAUUCGUCCCAAAAACAUCAGUGGACGCUUUUAUAGCAAGCGAAUAAGGACGGAGAUAUGGAGGAGUUACGGUGGUGACCGGCGGUUUUAUCUCCAACGACAAAGAUUUACCGGUUACCAGUCAGAAAUAGCUCGUUCUGUUUUCUGUUUGUGUCCCCUUGGGUGGGCCCCAUGGAGCCCGAGACUUGUUGAGUCGGUGGUUCUUGGCUGUGUGCCUGUUAUUAUUGCCGACGGGAUUCGAUUGCCGUUUCCUUCCGCCGUACGCUGGUCUGAAAUUUCGCUCACGGUGGCGGAGAGAGACGUCGAAAAGCUCGGGGAGAUUUUGGAACACGUGGCGGCUACUAAUUUGUCUGUCAUACAGAGAAACUUGGAGAAUCCGUCUGUUAGGCAGGCACUUAUGUAUAAUGUUCCUCCGAGAGACGGAGAUGCCACGUGGCAGAUUAUGGAAGCUUUGUCGAAAAAAUUGAACAGAUCCAUUAGAAGGUCAAACGCUUUCAUAUAAACCAAUACAUUUUUGACAUGUGUACAUUAUUACUCCUACUUCUUUGAGAAUUCAAAAGACAAAAAUUCUCAUAAAAGUCUACAUUUUAAACCAAAAUUAACAAGUAGCCUAUAA